UCGCCAUUUUGUAGAACAUAACAUAAACAAAGCAUAAAAGGCAGGCGAUUAACUCAAGGAUUUAUCUCUGUAUUUAGGCUAUUUAACAAUGCUAGUCAUCAAUUUAGUUUAGAUCUAACUAUCUUUAAGGAUGAAGAACCGGGGCUGUUGGUUGUGUUCAAGUGUUGAUAUUGUUGGCUGGUUCACAAGACAUGGAUAAACCUGAACAUACUGACAGUGCUGAAAGACGUCUAUAAGUAGCCUGUGCUCACUUAGCCCCAAUACCUCGCAAGGUUUUAUUUGUUUUAUCGUGAGAUUUGAAUGUUGAAGCGAGUCUUGAAAAGAUGCCAGACGAACAGAUAACUGAGGCGGCCACCAUCUCGGCCCUAACAAUUGUAGACUCCUCACGAAUAUCCACCUUCAUCAUCUCAAUCCUUCUCAUAGUCUAUGGCAGCUUCAGAUCAUUAAAUAUUGAGAGAGAGAAAGAAAAAGAUGAAAAAGACAAAGAAAAGUUUGGCUUAUCUUUACCCGGGGGUGGCAGCUCAGACAGUGAAUCCCAAACGAUGACUCGGGAGACUUAUCAAGGUAACACGUUUUUUUUGUUCACAGAGCUCCAGACCCUGGACACCUGCCAGGCCAUGUUCCUGCCUGUUGGCGCCUCCAUCUCCCUGCUCAUCAUGUUCCUCUUCUUUGACUCCCUGCAAGUCGUCUUCGCUGUCUUCACAGCUAUUCUGGCUACUGUAGCUUUUGCCUUUCUGCUCCUGCCCAUGUGCCAGUACUUUGUCCAGCCGUGUUCCAGUGGACAGAAAAUCUCUUUUGGUGUGUGUGGCAGAUUCACAGCAGCAGAAAUCAUCUCAUUUUGUUUGUCCUUCACCAUUGUCUGUAUAUGGAUUCUAACUGGACACUGGCUACUCAUGGAUGCUCUGGGCAUGGGCCUCUGUGUAGCAUUUAUUGCUCUGGUUCGACUUCCCAGCCUGAAGGUCUCCACUCUUCUUCUCCUGGGCCUGCUAGUGUAUGAUGUCUUUUGGGUGUUUUUCUCCUCCUACAUCUUCAGUACCAAUGUGAUGGUCAAAGUGGCAACACGGCCAGCUGAUAACCCAGUUGGUUUGUUUGCCAAGAAGCUUCACCUUACUGGUCUUGUAAGAGACGCACCAAAACUUUCUCUCCCUGCCAAAUUAGUUUUUCCAAGUUCUCAAAAUUCCAGUCAUUUCAACAUGCUUGGGUUAGGUGAUAUUGUGAUGCCUGGAUUGUUGCUAUGUUUUGUACUGCGCUAUGAUACUUACAAGAAGUCACAGACCUGUUCGGCAGAGACAGGCGUGCCACCCCCGCCCAACUACGUCCAGAGACUAUCAUAUUUUCACUGUUCCCUCAUAGGAUAUUUUUUAGGUUUGCUCACAGCUACAGUCUCGUCUGAAGUAUUCAAAGCUGCUCAGCCUGCUCUACUCUACCUCGUCCCGUUCACAUUACUUCCCCUGUUGACAAUGGCAUACCUUAAGGGAGAUCUCAGACGGAUGUGGCAUGAGCCAUUCCUGGCUGUACCAGUACCCAAACACAUGGAGGUGUAACCUCAAGGGGACAUCACUCUUGUCAAACUAUUCAGAGUUACUUUCUCCUUGUGGUGAUAGACUGAUAUUAAGGAUCACGGUUAGCUAGCUAUGCUAUCUCCCUUUGACUGAGUGUUUACUCAUUCAUGAAGAAACAAACUACACUGGGCUGUGUGUCACUCAGUAAUACAGACCUGUUGUGUGGAUUAUUGUGGUGUACAUUAUUUCUAACUGGAAAUUAAACAUGGAUGAGCCACUGUUGUUGUAAAAAUUGUUUCUUGAUUGUUUGCUGUAGGAGUCCUAAACAAACAGGUAUGCAUUUCAUUUAGGGAAAACUCCUUUUGGUUCUUAAAAAUAAGGGGUUUACAGCAUUCAUGUGCAUAAAACAUUUCCAUCUUGGGUACAGUGGUGAAAGAUGAAUCAUCAGUUCAUCUUUUGUUUGGACAUCGUAGUUAAGCUGGGUACGCUUGAAUGUAUGUGUGUAUGUGACCAUGUAACACCAGUUAUACUCGGUAUUUGUAAGGUGUCCAUAAUAUGAUGGAGCUUCCAUUUUUAGUUUGUGAUGGGGGUUGGUUUUUUUUUUUUUAAUUUGUGCCAAGUUUAGGGAUUGUUACAUUCAGUGAUUGUUACAACUCGAUGAUUGUUACAAUUCAAUGACUUACAAAUUCAAUAAUUAUCCUAGUUCACUUAAAUUAUUGUUACUAUUCAAUGAUGUUGCAAUUCAGUACUAGCUACAAUUUAAUGAUUGUUAUUGAAAAAGGCAUUUUAACCACCUCAGUUUGUGACAGUGCGUUACAUUCUGUUUGUCACUGGUCAGAGUAGAACGUUUCUCGGUUAUAACCAUUUGUUGGCUAUUACCACAGGCAGUUCGUCAAUGUCAGGAUAAAAUAUCUGUCAGUUAUAACCACCUGUCAGUUGUUAUAACCACCUGUCAGUUAUAACCACAGGCAGUUUGUCAAUGUCAGGAUAAAAUAUCUGUUCAAAACAUCUGUCAGCUAAUAUCACAGUUUGUUUCUGGCUAGGAUAAUCAUCUGUCAGUUAUAAUUAUCACGGGCAGUUAGUCAAUGUCAGGAUAAAAUAUUUCAGUUAUAACCAUCUGUCAGCUAAUACUACAGGCAGUUUGUUUCUGGCUAGGAUAGUUAUCUGUCAGUUAUAAACAUCAGUCAGCUAUAACAACUGACAGACUGUUACAUGACAUGAUAAAUCAUUUGUCAGCUACAAGCAGUCAUCAACAAACUGUAGUAUCUGUGUUGUGAAUGAAGGCACACCUGAAACAAUUUAUUUUCUAACACAUACAUGUUAAGGUAUAAAAAAAGGCCAUUGUUUUACAGUACAAAAGAAGUUGUAAAAUUUACAAUUUUUCAAAUGUUGAUGUAAUUUUUUUGACUUUUGUUGUUAGAAUUUACACUUGUAACACUGCAAUUUAUGGUGAAAAUGUAACUUUAGAAAACAAAGUUUGUUAAUUAACUAAACAAAAAACUUUAAUUCAUUUUAAAACCUUUUUUUUUUCAAACUUAAAUCUUUUUCCAAGGAUAAUUAUUUAUUAUUAAUCACAAUUUUGAAAAAUAAUUUUAAAAAGCCUCAACUCACUGCUACUUAUUCUUAUUUUUUUCAAGUUGAAAAAGGAUUACAGUACUUUCCAUAAAGUGGUAAUGUACUGUUUAGCAGGUUAUAUAAGAACAUUUCAAAACAAAUCUGCAAGCACAAACCCAGUUUAAACAUGCUGAUUGCAGGCAGUUCUGUCAAUAAUGUCCAGUUACUGUUGUCUGAAUGAGAUCAAAUAUUCAUAUUUUUUUUUGUUACAUCCAUUCUUGUCACAUUGGCGUUUCACUUAAGUGUGAAUUUGUGGUUAAAAAAACAUCAUCUGAAUUUAACUGUACAUAAUGUUACAAUAGAAUUUUGUUAGUUUUUUUUAUAUAAAAAGUAAUUUGUAUAUAAAAAAUGUACUCAUCACCACUCCAUAGGUUUAACAGUGACUACUAAAUCAGUGAAAUUUAAUAUCCACAUUUACAUGACUCAUCAGUUUUUGAAUGAUAACCAUUUUUUUUUAAAUUUGUUAGUUAUGAAUAUUUGAUACCGUGGGACUAUUCCAGUAAUUUUUCUCAUGUUAUUAUUCUAUUUCUUACAUGUCAGGUAUUUUAUUCUUUGGAAAAAUAAAAUGAUACACAAGUUAGUCUGAUACUUGCAGUCAAAUCACAAGUCUUGUAUAGCUUGCUUUGGUUGCGUCUAUAGAGAGCUUUUUUACAGUGCUGUACCCAGGUUUAUGUUGUUUACUAGUAUACACAGAAAGUUUACUUUUUUCUUGCUAUUAUGUAAACACUAUUUGUUGAUGUUCAACAACACGGAAAGUUUUUUUUUUAAUGUAUGGCGGUGAUGGUCAAUUUGUAACAUAGAGUGAUUGUUAAAAGAAGUGUACUGUUACUGCCCCCCACCCCACCCUCAUUGUAACGUCAUCUUUUAUUUGCUGUAUUUAGUUAGCACAGAAUGAAUUAACCAGAAGUUUUUCUUCUGGUCUAUUAUUGUGAUGGUAUGCGAGUUACUCAACAGAUCAAGAUGAAUCUAGCACCUUCUGGAAUCAGUUUGAUUAUUUUGCAUGUAUUUUUAGUAUUUAUUUUCAAUUUGAGUUGUAUGUAAAAUGA